UGGAUGUUAUCCUUCCGACCGCGUUCGUCGCUCUUGCUCCUUGAAAUAAGGAGAGCCGGCGCACCGUAAACAGUGUGGACAUUUUCAUCUUCGCUUCCUCCUACCUCGGCAGGCACGUGGGCAUAUAUCACGAUGGCGGACGUCAAACAUUUGCGGAUAUCAAUAAUUGGCGCAGGCAUGGGCGGCCUAGCCUGUGCCCUCGCCUUUGCGAAAAAGGGCUUUAAGAAAAUCGAAGUAUAUGAGAGUGCGUCAAACCUCGGCUUCGUUGGAGCGGGUAUCCAACUUGCCCCAAAUCUAGCCCGCGUCCUCGACCGCUGGGGGUGCUGGGCUAAGAUCCACGCCGAGGCGACUACCGUCACAUCUUCUAGUAUCCGGGAAGGUUCUACGAACAAGGAGUUGUCUCUUGUCCAGAUGCCCGACAUCGCGGAGUUGUACGGCUAUCCGCACUGCGUCGGCCACCGGGCAUCUCUAGCCGGCAGUCUAUACGAAGGGUGCCUGAAGGAGCCAGCCAUUACUUUCUAUUUCUCCACAGGAUUGGAGAGCGUGAAGAGUUUUGGGCCGGACAAAGUACUCUUCACAGUAAAGCCCCGCGAUGGCGAAGCAUAUGAGAUAGAAACCGACAUUAUACUCGCUGCAGACGGCAUUAAAUCAUCUAUACGAACAGCUAUGCUGAGGGCGGUCGGUAGCUCGGCUGAGGUUGAGGACACGGGCCAGGCAGCCUACCGUAUCAUGCUGUCGCGCGCCGAUAUGGAGAAAGACCCCGAAAUGCUCGAGCUGCUGGACUCGGACUGCGCGCUGCGGUGGAUCGGCGAGAAGCGACACAUUGUCGCGUAUCCGAUUAGCAACAAGACCAUUUACAACCUGUCGACAUGCCAGCCAGAUACCAACUUUGCUGCAGCGCCCAGCGUGACGUACACAACAAGAGGCGAUAAGAGCGCCAUGUUGAAGGUCUAUGGUGAUUUCUCUCCCCUCGUGCUGCGUAUGCUGAACCUUGUCCCUGAGGGAGAGGUCUGUGAGUGGAGGCUGCGCUCGCAUAAGCCUCUAGACACCUGGACGCUCGGUGCCGUGACCUUAAUCGGAGACGCCUGCCAUCCCACCCUACCCCAUCUUGGCCAGGGCGCCACGAUGGCCAUCGAAGAUGCUGCCGUUGUCGCCGAGUGUGUCAGUGCACUUCCCGUGACAGAUGGGAAAAUCGACAGGGAAGCACUUUCAAGGGCCCUCAAGGUCUACGAGUUGCUGCGCAAGGAGCGCACAUCUACGCUCGUCGACAUGGCUGCGUUUUCAGGGCGCACGCUUCACCUAGGCGAGGGCAAAGCGAAAGAGGAGCGUGACCGCCAGUUUGCAGAAGCGCGAAAGAAGGGUAAUUCGGUGCCCGACAAAUGGGCCAGUCCCGACGUCCAAAAGAUGAUCUAUUCGCAUGACUGCGUCACGGAGGCACAGGACAAGUUCCAAGAGUUAUUCUCAAGCUUAUCUACAGAGAAGACCAACGGCGUCGCUGCAUAAGUAGUUGGUUUUGUUUCACUAUUUACCGUGGCAUAGCAUGCAUUCAAAUAAGAGCAUUGGGGGCUAUUAGAUAUAUGCAAAUGAGCUGUAGUAGAAUAUGAAUCUAUACCUCUAGCAGAAGCCACUGUCUCUUGGUGGGGUUUUGCUCAUGAGGGAUCAUACAGCAAACCUAAUGCUAUUACAAAGGAAGUCCAAUGUGAUUGUGUCCUAGGCCUGAACGCCAGCCCAUACAGUCGAAUAAUCUACCCCGCUCGAAACGACUGAAAU